AUAUAAAUUAAAAAAGGGAACUGGUUUCUUUUAGUCUAAACUCUCUUCAAAUAGAAACUAUUUACUUCACAGCGAGCAACAUUAAAAAAAAUAUUGCAGCGUGUGGGCUCCCAUGGAAUGAGUGGAUCUUGCCUUUACUUGAUUAAUGUACUCUAGGUCAAACAGACUGUGUUGCACGUGUCUCAUUAAAAGACUUAAGAUUCAACCAGUUUUACGAUCAGUGAUGGAAGAGGAUAUAGAGAGCCCUGCGGCUGGGAAGACUGAGGAGCAGUCAGGUAGUGUACUUCUCACCUACUUCCAAGGAGACAUCAGCAGCAUGGUUGAUGAACAUUUCUCCCGUGCUCUGAGUAACACAACUAAACCCAAAGGAGAAUGCUCCAAAAGCAAAAGGAACUGCAAAUCUGCUCAAACAAGCAGAAUUGGGUCGAGCCAAUGGGAAGCACAGUCACACACAGGGAUUCCGUCCAUGUCUCCUCCAGAAAGGCUCCAGUUAAGAACAAGCAAUGGACCUCAAUCGAACACUCAUCUGUCACUGAAUCACUCUGCAAACAGUGGAAUUCUCUGGUCAGGGGGUUCUAGACAGGGUAUGAGUCUUGCUCUGCCCCCCAUGGUAUACCCCUCGGCUGUAUCCACUGAUGGUUUGAUGGUGGCAGAACACCAGUAUUCUCAUUCUCUUUUAAACCUGCUAAACAAUGAUCACCCGACCUUGGCACAGUGGUGGCCCCCUCCAAACAAUAACUAAUUCUGGAUGGACAAAGUAUCCUGGAUUUAAUCCACAAUACUAUGUUAACAUACAUUUGAGUCAUUUUAUAGACACUUUUUAUCCUGAAUAGUUCCCUAUUAGGAGUACAGGUGAAAGAGAAGAAGGAUUUUUAUUGGUGCUAAUGGAACAUUAACUGAGAUUUAAUGGCAAGAAUCAAAAAGUCUCUAGUCUCUUUCGUUUUACUGACCAAGUGAACAAAGGACUUUGCAAUGCUUCACCUUAAGGCUUCUGUAUCUCCAACCUGUUCAGAAAUGUGCUUCUUAUUUUCCUCGGAAUAGAAGAAUUUGCACAAGAAUUUGGCCUCGGGCUGUUUGGCUAAAUACAUUUUACACACACAGAAACACACACACAUACAGAUUAUUCUGUAUUUCUUUCAUAUGCUUAACCGAAAGGACAGAGUUCAUUUGAGCAUCUAGAUUUAUUUCUUUUUCCUUCUGAACACAUGGAGAUUUUUAGAAGAAUAUCUCAGCUCUAUUGGUCCUCACAAUGCAAGUGAAUGAGUACCAAUCUCUACAUUCACUUUUACAUUCUUCUUCAUUUGUUUUUGGAAAGAGGGUGAAUUUGUAGUAAAAAAGGACUUAAAUGCUGAUCUGUUUCCCACCCACACUUAUCAUAUUGCUUCGGAAGAUAAAGGUCUAACCACUGGAGUCUAAUGGAUUACAUUUAAUUCUGUUUUUAUGUGAUUUUUGUAGCUUCAAUUUGUUGGUACCCAUUCACUUGCAUUGUAUGGACCUACAGAGCUGAAAUAUUCUUCUAAAAAAUGUUGUUUGUGUUAAACAGAAGAAAGAAAGUUAUUCACAUCUGGGAUGGCAUGAGGGUGAGUAAAUGAGAGAAUUUUCAUUUUUGGGUGAACUAUAACUUAAAUAUGAUUCUUGGAAUGCAUGGCAUUUAAGCUAUUGAAGAUGUCAACACUGUAGCUAAGUGGAUGAAAACAACAUUGCACUGCAUCUAACUGUAAAAAUUAUAUUAAUAAA